AUGCUUUCUCGAGGCUGGUCAGCGCUCGCUGCGGUGUUGCUGUGUCUCUUUCCCGCCGUCUGCGCAUGGGGCAUCACAGGCCACCAAAUCGUAGCGACGAUUGCGCAGACGCAGCUUCAUCCUGCCGUUCGCGAGCAACUCUGCCACAUCCUGCCCAACUACACGCGCUACCCAUCGCACUGGCCGGUCACACACUCCGAUGAACCGCACACGCACUGUCACCUCGCCGUGCUGGCCGGCUGGCCGGAUACGAUCCGCACUCACUACCCCUGGAGUGGGCAGCUGCAUUAUGUCAACCCGAUCGACGACCAUCCUCCCCACCAAUGCUUGUAUGGGGAAACAGGCUGGAGCUCGCCCGACAACGUGCUCACCUCGCUGGUCAACUACACCUCACGUGUAGUCACGGAACAAGGAUGGGAGCGCGAUAUGGCGUUGCGUUUCAUGGUGCAUCUGUUCGGCGAUGCCCACCAGCCGCUGCAUCUUACGGGUCGCGCGCGGGGUGGCAACGACGUGUGGGUCCGCUUCGAAGGGCGCAAGGCUCGACUGCAUUCGGUGUGGGAUACGCUGCUUAUUGAUAAGCAGAUUCGCGAGCUGUCGAAUUAUACCACGCGCCUGCCGUCGGGGAGGAUAGAGAGCGCGCUGGUGGGGAAGAGAUUCGACGCGUACAUUCGAUGGAUCCUCAAGGAGGGGCUUGGACAGCCUGCGAUGAAGGGAGAGGCUGAGAGCGCGUGGUGGAAGGACGAAGCGGCCGACUGGCCGGCGUGUCACCGGAGAGGUUCGGAUGAUGAUACUGUCUCGCUGAAGGGUGAGGGGCAAAUGGCCUUCUCUAACAUGAUGGAAGACCCGGGAAGAGUCGACGAUACGCAUCUGCCGCUAUGUCCAUACGAAUGGACUCAACCCAUGCACUCGCUUGUUUGCGAAUAUGGCUUCGCAUCGCCCGUGCCAGCGUGGGAGCCAACACCUCCGUCGACCACAGGAAGCUCCACGACAUCACCGACACCGACUCCGCCAGAGCCUGAGCUCGACGUGCCGGAAUACGUCGGCCGCAUCGAGAGAGACAAGGUCAUCCACAAGCAGCUCGCCAAGGCAGGCAUCCGACUUGCCGCCGUCCUCAACACGUUGCUUCUGCCGGCUGAUGCCGUCUGA